UCGGCGGCGCAAGUAUAUAUUUAAUACAACAGUGCAUACUUGCACACCUAUAUACAUGAGUAUCGUAUCGGAGCACAUUUUCAGAGUACAUGCUUACACAUGCGGGGUACAGGAUGAGGGCCUCGAUCUCGUCGUUGUCGCUGGUGCUGGUACUUUUACUGGCCGGACUCGUAGCUGCCGAUGGCCCGGCAAUCGGUAGUGCUUGGAAACGAAACGAGGACAAGACCAAGUGUCCUAAAGUCAAGGCCAUUCGGGACUUUAACAUCGCCCAGUUCCUGGGGCAGUGGUACGUGGUGCAGUACUACGCGAGCUCCGAGGAGGCGAUUUCUUACCGCUGUAUGCGGGCUGACUUGUCGGUGGUGUCCGGCAACGCCGAGGUGACUAUGAAUUUCACCUACAGCUUCACGGACGACCCGUUGAACGAGCAGCUCGUCGGCAACAUCACCUGGAACAUACCCUCGCACGAUCUCCCGGCUCACUGGGUUCACGCUGAAGUUCCCUACGAGGGCGUGUACAAUACCUACGUGUUGGACUCGGAUUACAAGUCGUGGGCGUUGCUAAUGCACUGCGCCGAAAAGGACAAAAGUCUGCGCUACCUUUCCAGCUUCAUAAUGAGCCGCGAGUCCGAGCUCCCCAACAACGUGGUCACCUACCUGCGCGAAAAACUCCCCAGAUACGACAUCGAUCUCGACUACAUGUUUCCCAUGGACCAGGCCAACUGCACGAGCCUCGACUCGUACGCCAACUCGCUCAUUCCGCCGACCAUCUUACUAGCCAAGAGGAAAUACACCAACAACAGGCAUCCGCUCAAACGCAAGCACAAGCUGCGAGCAUGACUCUGAAGACAAGGUCUUUAUCCAUACCAUGCGCAUCCUGACUGUCCGACGCGAGAGACAUAAAUAAGGGUGACGAUGUGGGAUUGCGUACAAGUAUCCCCGAGGGCUGUGCUGCGUCAAAUGUUCGCCGAUGAUUCGGCGCCGUGUUGUAUUACCAAUUUUUUUUUUUUUUCCUUUUUUUUCCUUUUUUUUUUUACUUCGUAACGUAGUGCCUUUAAUGUGUUUAUUGUGACGGUGCUUUCGAGCCUUGAGGCUCCAUGUUGCUGCUGCUACUGUUGUUAAUAUGUAAAUUUUCUCGAUGAUAAACAUGACAAUAAAGUGCGUUUUUUUUUCU